GAGAGGGGAGAAAGAGAGAAAGAUCAAGACAUCGAAUACGAUGUUUAGUUCGUAGACAUCCGCUGAUAAAUUAAACGCUCGAUCAAUGUGCUGUUAGCUCGCUUGCUCGUUGAUUCUCUGCAUUCUCACUUUCGAUCUACAAAUACGAUUUUACUAUAUAACAAAAGAGGUGGUGAAAGAGAAAGAGAGAGAGAGAGAGAGAGAGAGAGAGAGAGAAAGCAUCUGUGUUGCCGCCGUAGCGGAAAAGCAAGUAGCGCGGGAUCGAGCGUCGUGUGUGUAGGGUCAUCGGUUAAUCAGAUUCAGGGAAGCCUUAGAAGGUAACGCGCGAGAGAAAAAGUACCAAGCGGAACGUCAAUCUACGAACGACAACGACCGAGGAUUAACCUAUCUCUUCUUUUGAUUUUUUAUUUUCUAUAUUCGGUAUAGGAGAUACAAAUUCUCUACGAUUAUUUAUUUAUAUUUUUUUUUUACUUUCUUCUUUUGGAAAAACUCUCAUCAUUUUUAAGUAAUUGCGUCGUACGCGCACGACGCGUAACGAGUCGCGGCGGCCCAUAUCUUUUAAAGAUCAACGUAGUACAAAAAAGAAAGAAAGAGAGAGAGAGAGAGAGAGCGCGCGCACGUUUUCGACUGAAUUUCGUUUAUAUUCUUACGUGCCGAACCAAAAACGACGAGAGAAAGAGACGCAUAAAGGAUGAAUCACCAGGAACAAGCUCACGAUGCUAAACAGCAAAUCGCUACGAGUCCCGAGGACACGGAGGAUAUGCCUGCCGGUCAACAAGGACCACAAGUUCCAAGACGUCGUGGUGGUAUCUCGGCAGAGCCGGUAUCAGAAGAAGAUGCUACUAGCUAUGUUAAAAAAGUUGUACCGAAGGAUUACAAAACAAUGGCUGCUUUGAGCAAAGCUAUUGCUAAGAAUGUUCUCUUUGCUCAUCUUGAUGAAAAUGAACGAUCUGAUAUAUUCGACGCUAUGUUUCCCGUUACCUUUUUACCUGGAGAAGCAAUAAUACGUCAAGGUGACGAAGGUGACAACUUUUACGUAAUCGACCAAGGCGAGGUUGAGAUAUUCGUUAAUGGUGAAUUAGUAACGACGAUUGGAGAAGGUGGAAGUUUCGGUGAACUCGCAUUAAUUUAUGGAACUCCACGUGCCGCUACAGUUAGAGCAAAAACUGAUGUUAAAUUAUGGGGUAUAGAUAGGGAUUCCUAUCGUAGAAUUUUGAUGGGUUCGACGAUAAGAAAACGAAAAAUGUAUGAGGAAUUUCUUUCUAGAGUCUCGAUUUUAGAAUCUUUAGACAAAUGGGAAAGACUUACAGUGGCUGAUGCCUUAGAACCAGUUGCGUUUGAUGACGGAGAAAUGAUAGUAAGACAGGGUGAACCUGGUGAAGAUUUUUAUAUCAUUGUUGAAGGAACUGCUGUAGUCUUACAACAACGCUCGGAAGGAGCGGAACCACCAGAACCUGCAGAAGUGGGUCGUCUGGGUCCGUCCGAUUACUUCGGGGAAAUAGCAUUACUAUUGGAUCGGCCAAGGGCAGCAACGGUCGUAGCUAGGGGUCCUUUAAAAUGCGUCAAAUUAGACAGAGCCAGAUUUGAACGUGUCUUAGGACCGUGCGCUGACAUUUUGAAACGCAACAUUACUCAGUAUAACAGUUUUGUAUCCCUUUCGGUAUAAAUUCAAUCUACAAGAAAAAAACCAUACAGAUCAUAUCGAUUACAAUUUUUCAGACUCUAUGCUUCAACAACAACAACAACAACAACAAACAUAAUGUUAACAUUUUUUCUAUUUCGUUAAUGCUUCAUUUGUUAAAAUGCAUAAUAUAUGUCGAGUAUUAUUAAUAUACAUACAUAUUGUAUAUCAUUAGGAGAAAAAAAAACAAAAUGAAAAAAAAAAAAAAACACUUAAUAUAUAAGAUUAUUAUAACGCACUGUAUAGUAGUUAGCGACUCAUCAAAGCGAAAUCAUCUGGUUAUCUCGUAUAAACUGUGUUCCUACAAAGUGCUCAUUUUUUUUACUAUUGUCGAAAAGUCUUUAUAUUAUUGUUUAUUGUUUUCGUUUGAAAAUUUGUAUUCUAUGAUAAGUAUACGUUAUAUUUACACGCAUGUGUCCAUACAGUAUUAUUACUUUUGUAACAAUGUCGCUGGUCGACAGUGAUAAAUAUUAUGAUAUUCGAAUGAGUAUCGAAUUUCUCUGUUUGUGGUGUAUGUGUUAAAUGAUAAUUUCAACAUUUUCUUUUUUGACUUAAAUAUUCUUUGUGCAUUGCAUUGAUAUAAUAUCCUCAUAAAUAUAUGAAAGCAUAUACAUAUAUCGAUUGAUUAUUUAUUAUAACAAGAUUGAUGAGUGAUUAAACGAGUCGCGAUCUAUAAUUGAAAGUGCGUUUAGAUUUGAUUUAUCGAUAACACAAAAUGUUCGGAAAAUUAAAUAAUUUAUUAUGCACAACAUUA